AUGGCUGAAAAGAUCUCAAUAGAAAAUAACGAUGAUUCGCUACAGAAAACUAUUGGGGUAUUUGGUGAAGAUUGGGUGAAGUGUGACCCAAUUGGCAGUGGAGGUUUUGGCACAAUUUAUUUGUUAAAGUCUGUGAAAGACAACAGUGAACCAAAAUACGUUGUGAAAGAAAUACUUGGCUUCGAAAACAACGAACAUAAAAAAAACUGUGAAGUGAAGUACACACUGGUGUUGGUUGGAAUAUGUCGCCAAGGUAAAAGUGCUUCUGGUAAUACAUUGUUGGGAAGUCGAGUGUUUCACGAGUACAACGGUUAUAAUCCAGGAACAUUAAAUGUUUGUAAAGGUAAAGCAAAAAUACAAGGAGAGUUGUUUGAGGUUUUUGAUAAACCGGAUUGGGAGAAGGGUGACCCAAUUGGCAGUGGAGGUUUUGGCACAGUUUACCUGGUGAAGUCUUUGAGAGACAACAGUGAACCAAAAUAUGUUGUGAAAGAAAUACUUGUCUUUGAAACCAGCGAAAAUAAACAUUUUGUGGGCUCGCUGAAGGAAUAUUCGAAGAAGAAAAAAGGUCUAGGAGAAGAAGAGACAAGACGGUUUACAAGACAAAUCUUAGAAGGGCUGGCUUUUUUACAUGAACAUAACAUUAUACAUCGCGAUGUGAAAGGGGCCAACGUGUUAAUGGAAGAUGAAAGUCAUGUCAGACUUACAGACUUUGGGAUUUCAAAAAUUCUCCAAGAUGUUUCUAGUACAUCAACGUCCGGUGUCGGCACGGAAAGAUGGAUGGCACCAGAGGUCAUGAAUACACAAGCAAGCAAAUUGAAAUAUAACGAAAAGGCAGAUAUAUGGUAA